AUGGUUAUCGCCUCCUCUUUGGUCCAGCUCCGGUGCUUUGGAGAGGACACGUGUAUCUCCAUCCCAGACAUCGACGCGGUGGUGAUGGUCCAGCAGCCAAGCGAGCCGCGGAUCACCAUCACCGGAGUGGAGCGUCUGAGCUGGCCCGCCUCUGACCUCCGGGCACCAGGGGGCAUCGCACUGUUCCAGGACCUGCACAUCAUCAGCACCGUGAAGAAGAGCGAGACCAAGACCGACUCACAGCAGCACCAGUCAGUGCGUCGGCCCGGUGUGAUGGAGAUCAUCCAUAACCUGGAUUACUGUGACGUCCUGGUUCUGGGGGAGGAGCUCAGGGCGGAGCAGGAGUCUCUGCAGCUGCAGCGAGGAGUCCUCACCGGGAAACACCUGGACGCCACCAACUCCAGCUCCGGCAUCUCCGUCUACGGUGUGGACUCCAUGUCCAACUACGAGGCCGUGAUCCGAGAGCUGCGUUAUUUUAACUUUCAGCCGUCGCACGUCACAGAGAGACGCUUCAGACUCACCUGCUCCGAACUCAACGGAAGAUACACCAGCAACGAGUUCGCCCUGGAGGUGAGUGUCCUGCACAGUGCACAGGCAGCAGAGCGUGUGAACCACGUGGUGGCUCCUCCUCAGUACCUGCAGCUGCUGCACCAUCAAAGCACCACCCUCGACCUGAGCCCCACCCACAGCUCUGCAGUCCCCAGUGCAGCCACCGUGCUCAUCGUGACGUGUAUCGCCGCCCUGGUGGUGGUGGUGGUGAUCGGCAUCUACCGUAUCCACAUCACGCACCAACAGGACGUCCGGCUCAACGAGAGCAACGGAGACGUGACGUGGGACAGCGGCGCCCUCAACAUCACUGUGAACCCCAUGGAGAGCUUGGAGGCGCCACAGGGGGCAGCAGAGGACGUGGCGGAGGAGGAGGAAGAGGAGGACGAAGACGAAGAAGAAGAGGAAGACGACAACAUCACUAGCGGCGAAUCAGACGACAGCGAGGAGGAGGCGGACGUACAGCUUCCCACGGCCCCAAACAAAACCACACACUGGGACAAAACCACUCACUCGUUCUAA